GAUUACGACAAAACCCCAUUGAAAGGUGUGAGAAGCUGAGACCAUGGAAGGAUGAACACAAUUAACCAACUCCCAGAUGAUGCAAUGUUAAGCCACAUCAUCUCUUCGAUUUCUAUUGACGAAGCCGUGAGAAGUAGCAUCCUUUCUAACAGAUGGAAACCCUUAUGGAAGCAUGCCUCUUGCCUUGACUUUGAUGUGAGUCCUAUGAUAAAGUCCUUAUAUCAAUUUGAGAAUUCAUCAUCAAGAGUGGUAAAUUUUGAUCAAAUUAAAUCCACACAACAACAUGCCCAUCGAUAUGUAGAUUUGAAUACCAGGUAUCUGAUUACCGCUUUAGACACUCUCCCUCCACCUCUCUAUUGUCGAGAUGAAAAAAAUUAUUUGAAGAGGUUGACGACAGUGUUUUGGACACCUAGGAGAUGUGCAAAAGGUUUAAGUAUUUUUGCCCCAGAUCUAAUUCGUUCCUGGUUGCCAGAUUAUGUGCCUACCUACUCAUACAUGGUCUGAAAAGUCAAGAUACCUUUGAAAAUUGCAGUAAUCUUUUAAUGCUGAUACAUGAAAGCGAAACCUAGCUAUCAUCAUCAUCACAGAAGAACAACAACAGAGGAAAAAAGAAAAAGAAAAAUGUUAGAGGUGAAGAGAAUCGGUGUGGUGGGGAGUGGCCAAAUGGGAUCGGGAAUAGCCCAAGUCGCUGCCAUGCACGGCAUCGACGUUUGGCUUCACGACCUCGACCCUCAAGCUCUCUCCAAAGCCUCCUCUUCCAUCUCUUCCUCCAUCAACCGUUUCGUUUCCAAAAACCACAUCUCUCAGGUUGCGGGUGCUGAUGCUUUGAAACGACUGCGUCUCACGACGGAUUUGGAGGAUUUACAGCUAGCGGAUUUGAUCAUUGAGGCGAUUGUGGAAUCCGAAGAUGUGAAAAAGAGUUUGUUUGCGCAACUGGAUAGGAUUGCCAAGAGUUCUGCGAUUUUGGCGUCCAACACCAGUUCCAUUUCCGUCACGCGUCUAGCAACCUCUACCAGCAGGCCACGUCAGGUGAUAGGAAUGCAUUUUAUGAACCCACCUCCUGUGAUGAAAUUGAUUGAGAUUGUACGAGGUGCAGACACUUCUGAGGAGACAUUCGUUGCUACGAAAGCAUUGUCAGAGAGGCUGGGCAAGGUAGUGAUAACCUCCCAUGAUUAUUCAGGCUUCAUAGUGAAUCGAAUCCUUAUGCCUAUGAUAAAUGAAGCAUUUUUUGCUCUCUACACUGGUGUUGCAACCAAAGAGGAUAUUGACACAGGAAUGAAGCUGGGUACUAACCAUCCAAUGGGUCCUUUAGAGCUUGCAGACUUCAUUGGAUUGGAUGUGUGCUUGUCAAUAAUGAGAGUUCUUCAUGCUGGCCUUGGUGACAACAAAUAUGCACCUUGCCCUCUACUUGUGCAGUAUGUUGAUGCUGGAAGACUUGGAAGAAAACGAGGUAUUGGUGUGUAUGAAUAUAGUAAAGAUCCAAGGUCUACAAAAUCAUCUUCCCGUCUCUAAAAUGUUUGUUUCACUUGGAAGAACAAUUUUUCAACACCCCCAUUUUAAUUACCUUGUGUCUGACUGUGGGGGUGGUGCACACGGCUGAAGUUGAAUACUUGAAUGUGUCUUCUAUGUCUUUUAUGCAUACAAACAAAAAGAAAAUUGCAGGAACUAAUAGUAAAACAUGCAUAGUUAAAUCUUUAUGCAUAGUUAAUUUUAUUUUGUUGUGUUUGACUGAAAAAUUCUAAACCUAUUAACUUUUGUCUA